AUGCCGAUGCUCAAAGAUCCCUCGAAAAAGUACAAACGCUUUAAGCCGCUGCAUCUCCCCGAUCGCCAAUGGCCCAACAAAGCCAUCGAAAAGGCUCCCCGGUGGCUGGCUACUGAUCUAAGAGAUGGCAACCAGAGCUUGCCUGAUCCAAUGGACGGUGAACAAAAAUUCCGCUUCUUUAAAAUGCUCGUCGAUAUUGGCUACAAGGAGAUUGAAGUUUCAUUCCCAUCUGCCUCGCAAACAGACUUCGAUUUCACUCGGCGCCUGGUGGAGACCCCUGGCGUCGUUCCAGAUGAUGUAUGGCUCCAGGUCCUGUCCCCUUGCCGUGAAGACCUCAUCCGCCGCACGGUGGACUCUCUGAAGGGUGCAAAGAAGGCUAUCCUACACAUCUACCUAGCCACGAGCCCAUGCUUCCGUCGAAUUGUCUUCAACAUGGACAAACAGAAGAGUUUGGAAAUGGCUGUCCGCUGCGCGAAGUUCGCACGUUCGAUCACAAAGGACGACCCCUCGACCGCCGGUACCGAAUGGCACUUCGAGUUCUCUCCCGAAACCUUCUCUGACACGGAGCCCGAGUUCGCUGCGCAGGUUUGCGAGGCAGUCAAGGAGGCUUGGGGUCCUACAGAGGAGGCUCCCAUUAUCUUUAACCUGCCGGCAACAGUAGAAAUGUCGACUCCCAACGUUUUUGCGGACCAGAUUGAGUACUUCUGCCGUCAUGUGUCGGAGCGAGAGAAGUAUGUCGUCUCCAUUCACCCGCAUAAUGACCGUGGCUGUGCCAUUGCGGCUGCUGAGCUGGCUCAGAUGGCCGGCGCGCAGCGUGUGGAGGGCACUCUGUUCGGAAACGGUGAAAGAACGGGUAACGUUGACCUGGUCACUCUGGCUCUCAACCUCUACACACAGGGUAUCACCCCCAAUGUUGACUUCUCCGAUAUCAACGCUGUCAUCAAGGUCGUUGAAGAAAGCAAUAAGAUUCCUGUCAACGAACGGUGGCCCUACGGCGGUCAACUGGUCGUUUGCGCUUUCAGUGGCAGUCACCAGGAUGCUAUUAAGAAAGGCUUCAAGCUUCGGGAUGAUGCUACGGCAGCGUCAGAUGAGGAAGUCCAAUGGGAAAUUCCUUAUCUCCCCUUGGAUCCUCAAGAUAUCGGCAGAACUUACGAGGCUGUUAUUCGUGUCAACUCCCAGAGUGGCAAGGGUGGUGCUGCUUGGGUUAUUUUGCGCAGCUUGGAGCUGGAUCUCCCGCGCGCCUUGCAGGUCGAGUUCAGCAAGGUCGUUCAAAAGAAGUCGGAAGAGGUCAGUCGGGAGCUGAGGGCAAGCGAAAUCGUCGGUCUUUUCGAGGAGGCAUACCACCUCAAGUCCAACCCCCGCUUCAACCUUGUCGACUACAACAUCACCACGGACCGCUCAACGUCCCCGGCACCCCCCGAGCCUGGCAAGGCUCUGAACACUAAGAACCUCAAGCGGCGCUUCACUGGUGUCAUCGAGAUUGAUGGGGUUCAGCACGCUAUUACUGGCGUUGGUCCUGGUGCUAUCUCCUCCUUGGCUGGUGCCUUGUCGACACUCGGCAUUGAUCUUGACGUUGUCGACUACAAGGAACACUCCAUUGGUUUGGGUAGGGAGGUGAAGGCCGCAACGUACAUCCAGUGCACUGCAGCUGGUAGCAAGGAGCAGGUCUGGGGUGUGGGUAUCCACCAGGACGUUGUCCAGGCCAGUUUGAUCGCUUUGCUCAGUGCCGCUAGCUCGUUUCUGACUAGCCGUGCCGGCUCUCCUGCUCCCUUCCGCCCUAUGCGCUCCAACACCCUCACUGACGAGGAUCUGCAAGCCCUAGAAACCCUCACUGGCUCCAGUGAUCUUGCUACCAACCUGGCAAAGGCUGCUAACGGCAGUGCCAAGCCACAGGUAGAUAUUGAUGGCCUGACGAGACAAGCUGAAAGCCAAUAA